CCGAGCAGGAAGCGAGCCCGGCGGCCGCGUUUUCCUGGGGAAGAGGCGGGCGGGGCGGCGCAGCCAGCGGAGCCCGGGCAGCCGCCGCGGCCGCCUGGAUGGGGUGUUGAAAAAUCUGCUCUAGAGCUUUGGAAGGCUGAAUGGACUAAACAUGAAGAGCCUGAAGGCCAAGUUCAGGAAGAGUGAUACCAAUGAGUGGAACAAGAACGAUGACCGCCUGCUGCAGGCCGUGGAGAAUGGAGAUGCAGAGAAGGUGGCCUCGCUGCUGGGCAAGAAGGGGGCCAGCGCCACCAAGCACGACAGUGAGGGCAAGACCGCUUUUCAUCUUGCUGCUGCAAAGGGACAUGUGGAGUGCCUCAGGGUCAUGGUUACACACGGUGUGGAUGUGACAGCCCAAGAUACAACCGGACGCAAUGCUUUGCACCUCGCAGCCAAGAACAGCCACCAUGAGUGCAUCAAGAAGCUCCUUCAGUCUAAAUGCCCAGUUGAAAGUACUGACAGCUCUGGGAAAACAGCUUUACACUACACAGCGGCACAGGGUUGCCUCCCAGCUGUGCAGGUUCUCUGUGAGCACAAGAGCCCCAUCAACCUCAAGGAUUUAGAUGGGAAUAUACCAUUGCUUCUUGCAGUGCAAAAUGGCCACAGUGAGGUCUGUCGUCUCCUCCUGGAUCAUGGAGCAGAUGUCAAUUCCAGAGACAAAAACGGAAGAACUGCUCUCAUGCUGGCGUGUGAGACUGGCAGCUCUAACAUUGUGGAAGCCUUAAUUAAAAAGGGUGCAGACCUAAACCUUGUAGAUUCUCUUGGACACAAUGCCUUACAUUAUUCCAAACUCUCAGAAAACGCAGGAAUUCAAAGCCUUCUAUUAUCAAAAAUCUCUCAGGAUGCUGAUAUCAAGACUCCAACAAAACCAAAGCAGCAUGAUCAAGUCUCUAAAAUAAGCUCAGAAAGAAGUGGAACUCCAAAAAAACGCAAAGCUCCACCACCUCCUAUCAGUCCAACCCAGUUGAGUGAUGUAUCUUCCCCAAGGUCAAUAACUUCAACACCACUUUCAGGAAAGGAAUCAGUAUUUUUUGCUGAACCACCUUUCAAGGCUGAGAUCAGUUCUAUACGAGAAAACAAGGACAGACUAAGUGACAGUACUACAGGUGCUGAUAGCUUAUUGGACAUCAGUUCUGAAGCUGAUCAACAAGAUCUUCUUGCUCUAUUGCAAGCCAAAGUUGCUUCCCUUACCUUACACAAUAAAGAAUUACAAGAUAAACUACAGGCCAAAUCACCCAAGGAGGCAGAAGCCGACCUCAGCUUUGACUCUUACCAUUCCACCCAGACUGACUUGCCACCAUCUCUGAGCAAACCCAGCGAAGCCUCUCCCCCAGAAUCCAAAUCAUCUCCGUCUGUCUUAACAGAUCUCUUGGGCAAAUCGACUGUUGACAGCGAUGUCAGAAUUCAGCAACUCCAAGAGGUUUUGCAAGACUUGCAGAAGAAAUUGGAGAGCUCUGAAGCUGAGAGGAAACAGCUGCAGGCCGAACUCCAGUCCCGAAGGCCCGACCCUGUGGGCUUGAACAACACAGAGAUUUCGGAGAACGGCUCUGACCUCAGCCAGAAACUUAAAGAAACUCAGAGCAAGUAUGAGGAAGCCAUGAAGGAAGUCCUUAGUGUGCAGAAGCAGAUGAAACUGGGCCUUGUCUCGCCCGAAUGCGUGGAGAGCUAUUCCCAUCUCCGUGAGCUGAGGGUCACGGAGGAGGAGUUGGAUGUGCUGAAGCAGGAUCUACAGAAGGCAUUAGAGGAAAGUGAGAGAAAUAAAGAGAAAGUGAGAGAGUUGGAGGAGAAACUUACAGAGAAGGAGAAGAGCGCCGUGACUAAGCCACCUGGGGAAGAGUACGAGGAGAUGAAGAGUUCCUAUUGCUCUGUUAUUGAGAAUAUGAAUAAGGAGAAAGCGUUUUUGUUUGAGAAAUACCAAGAGGCUCAAGAAGAAAUUACGAAAUUGAAAGACACGCUGCAAAGUCAGAUGACACAGGAAGCCAGCGAUGAAGCUGAGGACAUGAGAGAGGCCAUGAACAGGAUGAUCGAUGAACUCAAUAAGCAGGUGAGUGAGCUGUCGCAGCUAUACAAGGAAGCGCAGGCCGAGCUGGAGGAUUACCGGAAGAGGAAGUCUCUGGUGGACGUAACAGCUGAAUACAUCCCUAAAGCAGAGCACGAGAAACUGAUGCACGUGACAAACGCAUCCAGGGCUAAAGCAGAAGAGGCACUUAACGAAAUGAAGUCUCAGUAUUCCAAAGUGUUGAACGAGCUGAGCCAGCUCAAGCAGCUGGUAGAUGCACAGAAAGAGAAUUCUGUCUCUAUUGCAGAACACCUGCAAGUGAUAACCACGCUGCGCACCUCUGCGAAAGAGAUGGAAGAAAAAAUCAGCAGCCUGAAGGAGCACCUUGCAAGCAAGGAGGGGGAAGUGGCAAAGCUGGAGAAGCAACUCCUAGAAGAGAAAGCUGCUAUGACCGAUGCAAUGGUACCCAGGUCUUCCUAUGAAAAGCUCCAGUCAUCCUUGGAGAGCGAAGUGAGUGUGUUGACAUCCAAGUUAAAGGAGUCGCUAAAAGAGAAAGAGAAGGUCCAUUCGGAGGUGGCCCAGAUCAGAAGUGAGGUCUCCCAAGUGAAAAGGGAAAAGGAAAAUAUUCAGACCCUCUUGAAAUCCAAAGAGCAGGAAAUAAAUGAACUUCUGCACAAAUUCCAGCAUGCUCAGGAAGAACUGGCGGAGAUGAAAAGGUACUCUGAGAGCUCUUCAAAACUGGAGGAAGAUAAAGAUAAAAAGAUCAAUGAGAUGGCGAAGGAAGUCACCAAGUUGAAGGAGGCCCUGAACAGCCUCUCGCAGCUCUCCUACUCAACAAGCUCAUCCAAAAGACAGAGUCAGCAGCUGGAAGCGCUACAGCACCAGGUCAAACAGCUACAGAACCAGCUGGCUGAAUGCAAGAAACAACAUCAGGAGGUCAUAUCAGUCUAUAGAAUGCACCUUCUGUAUGCUGUACAGGGCCAGAUGGAUGAAGAUGUCCAGAAAGUCCUGAAGCAAAUUCUUACCAUGUGUAAAAACCAGUCCCCAAAGAAGUAAAACGAAUUCCUUGGCAGGACACUGGCCCCUUGUUGUCCAUCCUUGUGUUCGAUCUGGCGUUGUUGGCAACCACUGCCAUUGUUCUAGUUGUGGUGUGCACUGUGACCCAGCAUAGCUUCUUCCCUUCCUGAAAGGGUUCUGAGAAUUGGUUUCAGAGGACUGCCCUCCUCAGAACUGCAUAGAGAUUUCCAACCAGCAGGGGUGAAAGUUCCUGUCAUCCUGGAUUCCAGGGCUAGGAUCAGCCACGCCCAGAGGUCUGGUCCUGAUGCUGGCAGGUGGCACCCUCCUCGGUGGUUUCAUCAUCCCCAGGGAUGUGCUGAGGCCUCCAUGCAGUGAAUGCUGCUUCAGUUCCUACACUCAGCCUGUGCCGUUCGGCACAGGAGAACUCUUUUUGCCUUUGCUUCCAAUCCCAAAACAUGAUUUAAUUUCUAACCAAAUGGCACUAGUUGUGAAGUGCAUGUUUAAUAUCCUUUAUUUUGACAUCCUGUGGAUUUAAAAGCUCUGAUACCAUCUGCACCCUGCCUCCAUCUGCCUUACCUAUCUCAACACCUUGCUUAUCGGUCUCAUAAUUUGAUAAGCACUAUUAACUGAAGUACGAACUUUGAAAAGAAAAGCAAAAUGUCCUUAAAAAUUUUAAGUGAAUCGUUGACAUAUUGCAAAUUUUCUAUGCAAACUUGCCUCCUUCUGUUAUCUGUGAACCUCAGGAAAUCCGAGCAUUUGUGUUUUCAACAAGGGACAGUAAACUGUGUGUUUACAGCCAAAAGAAAUGCCUCAUAAAAGUUCUUAACCUCAAUUUUUAAGAAGUGUUUUUUUUCUCUCUAUAAUAUUUUUAUUGGCUCUUAAAGAUGUUUUCAUAUCUAAACCCCUAAAGUGAAAUUACAUUAGAUUAUAUUAACAGAAUAUUUUUUAGGUAACCAUGCUUACGACUUUAUAAAAAUAGAACUGUUUUCAGCUACAGCAAAAGGUAGUUAUGUAGCCCAAACUUAAUAGGAGCUGCCCCAGUACCCCCAGGAUUCCUGCCAUUGUGUCCCCAGAACUGUUGUGUAUUUCUGAAGAUAGUAUAUCCCCUUUUUUUACCCAUUGAAGUUGUUUGAAUGUCCCAACUCUACAAGCACCCAUAAGUUAUUUCUGGAAGGAUUGUUAGUACCAAUCAGUAAUUCGACUUUGAAGCUAAAAACCCUGAAAUGGUAACAUUAUGGUGCAUAACGUGGGUAUUGGGGGGAGAAAUUUCUGUUCAGUUUACAUUUCAGGUGAAAAAAAUGUUUCUAACUUGCUUGCAGCUUCUCUUAGGGCAUCAAGCUUAUUGAGGAGAUAAACAGAAUGCAGACCUCCUCAAAGUGUGGAGCAAAAGUGAGGGCCUACUUAGAAAGGGCCCACGUCCCUUUGGGCUGCCCAGGCUCUGAGGGCAUGCUCGGCUGAACUGUCUGAUUCGUUCAUCUGUAUUGGAUGAGGACCAACGACAGCAAAACAAAAAUGGCUUUGAAACUUGCUGUUACUUUUCUUAAGUUGUUUAAUUAUGGUUAAGCAAUUUGAAAAAUGCUCCAAAGAAAUGUGAAAGGACGUUGUCACAGCACUUAAGAAAAUAUAAAAGAGCAUUCCCCGACAGCCCCCGCACAGAAAUGCUGCAGAGUAUAAAACUUGAGACAUUUUGUAGGAUGCCUGACAAAGUGUAGCCUUUUAUCUUGUUUCAGGAUACAUAUUUAUUACAAGUACUCUGGUUAAAUAUUGAAAAGUUAUAUGCUGUAGUUUAGCUUUUUGUCUUUGUAAUUUACAGAAGUUAUUGCAGAAAAUAAACUUGUUUCAUUUUGCA